AUGAGUAUUGGGCGCCAAAAAGACUCGGACGGACUGUUAUAUAUUCAGGACUGCCCAGACGCUUUCCACGCGCCAAUUAAAAAGAAUGAAAGUGUCCACAUCAAAAAGCGAAAAGAGUCCAAAAACGAUGCCGACAAAGUCGAGUGGACUCCCGAAGAGGAUAAAAUUCUUUUAGACAAACAACAAGUCUUAGGAAACAAAUGGAAGUUAAUUAGUACUUUUCUCCCCGGGAGAGCACCAAACUCAGUGAAGAACCGGUAUUUCUCACAUUACCUUCGAAACACACAUCAGCGGCAAAAGAGGUUUAAAGGGCAUUGGGUCAAGUCGGUCGGGGAAGAGGAAGGUAUGACCUUUGGUGAUAAAAAAGAACUUGACUCCGCUUUCAAACCAGUCAGCAAAGAGUUGUUUCAAGUCAUUUAUUAA